AUGCAUUUUGGUAAUGUUUUUUUAAUCAGUUACAACCAAAAUACAUAGACAUUGGAAAUGUAAAAUGUCUCUGGCUAAGGAUAACAGAGUAUGUGAUGUUUGCUCACAGUAUCUCAAAUUGAUUAAUUCUAAUUGUCUGCAGGACUAGACUUCUUCGAGCAAAUAUGUUGCAGCCAUUAAAAGACAUUGAAACUAUUAAUGCUCGACUUAACUGCCUGGAUGAGUUGAUGCGCAAUGAGCAGCUGUUUUUUGGCUUGUCUCAAGCCCUUCGUAAGUUUCCAAAGGAAACAGGUAACUAACACAAAGUACCAGAGAUUAUACCUCUUUUGACACCCAUGGGCCAUGGCCUGUUUUUUUCCUAUGGCUGAUACAAGAGAACUAUUGUAAUGCACAUAGAUAGGGUCCUUUGCCACUUUUGCUUUAAACCAAUAAAGGUCACAAAUGAAGUGGCCAGUGAAAAUGCACAGAGAAGCCAAAAAUUGAUAUCAAGUAUUAUUCUUCUCAAAACAGCUCUGGAUGCCUUGCCACUACUCUCCAAGGUUCUAAAAGAUGCCAAGAGUUUUUUGCUCAUAAAUGUUUACAAAUCCACAUGUGAAAACGAGAAAUAUGCAUCCAUAAGGAAAAGAAUUGGGGAGGUGAUUGGCGAAGAUGUACUUCAUACACGGGUUCCCUUUAUUGCACGGACACAGCAAUGCUUUGCUGUCAAGGCUGGAGUUGAUGGGUUUCUUGACAUGGCUCGAAGAUCUUUCUGUGAAACAAGUGAAGCCAUUCACAACCUUGCGAAUAAGUACCGUGAAGAUUUUAAACUACCAAAUUUGAAACUCCCAUUCAAUAACAGGAAAGGGUUUUACUUUAGCAUUCCACAAAAGAGUAUACAGGGAAAACUUCCAAACAAGUUUAUACAGGUUAUAAAACAUGGUAACAACAUACAUUGCUCUAGUCUGGAGCUUGCUUCAGUGAGAAUCAUUUCCACUUUCUUUCUUAAUGAGAUGACCCCAUUUUAGCUCGUAUAUUUAUUGUAUCUAUAUUUGACCGACGGAUGGUUCACCGUGUAGUCUUUAUCUGUGCAUGUGAUAUGUGCAAUAUCAGGACACAAACCCUCGAAAAAUCAUUAUCAGUUUGCCAAAUCAUGUAUAGGCUUAUGGCAUAAAGCACACUUUAUACAUAUAUGUAUAGGGAUCUUUCAUCUUGAAUCACUGUGUAAUUCUCCCUCCGCCCACUGUUUUUGUUCCAUUCACUAUUGGCAGGGUCAAACUAAAUAUACUUUCUUUAUGUAUUUUAAUCUAUCAUUUGUUAAAAAAAUAUAUUCAUGUCACCUCUUCUUUUGUAGAGGCAAUAAUUUGUCUAUGUAUGUAAGUACACUCCGGUUCAAGUCAUGCAAACUUGGGUAAGGGGUCAAGUGUCGUCCGUUGCCACACCAAGUGUUUUCCAUUUUAACAUUGGGUAUGGGGU